AUGGUGCGCCUUCCCACGAAACGGUUGAACGGGGAAGCACGUGAAGCGGGCGGAGCACGGACUGUCGACCACGGGAAGGAAGAGAACGCGGCCGCCGGGGAUUUGUCACCGCCGGGGGAUGACAUGGAAGCUGAGGAGGGGGAAGGAAAGUUUGCGGAUCCUCCAUCGAAGAGGAUGUCGCAGCGCCAGGAAGAGAAGGCUGUUAGAGUCUAUGCGGACGGGAUAUACGACGUCUUCCAUUUUGGCCACGCGCGGUCACUGGAACAGGCUAAGAAGCUGUAGGAGUUCAUUUGCCUGGCCUUUUGGUUCUUGAAUAGAGUGGAGAACUCCGGUCAACUUGGAUGUUGAUUUUGUCCAAGCUUAAUUCCUUAAUUACCGGCGGUUUUGAAAUUUGAUUAAUUUCUUUGGCUUAGCUUUUUUCAUCGUUCUACGUGCAUUAUAUUAUUAUUAUUAUUAUUUUACAUUAUUCUUUUUUUUCUCGAUACUCUGUUAAACUCGUUAUCAGGUUCAUUGUUCUACUUUAUUUUUUUUAUUCCUUCAUCGACAUAUUUUACUGGCUAUUUUAGUUAAUAAAAAAUCCAAACACCCUGCAUUUCAUGCUUUUUCAUGAACACACGAACCUAUUUGUAUAUCUUCUCAAAAUUUUGUUUUCAUUUGCCUUGUACUUAACUUUGAUCUCGUUUGUUUGCAUUUAAUUUAAAAAUUAUCUUCAGAGUGAUGAUAUAUCUAUUUUUUUAAAGAGCACGCCACUAUUCGGUUGUAUUUUUUUAAAAUUGAACUGUGCUCAAGAUAUAGCCAAUAACUUGGCGUGCCUGCAGUGUUGAAAUCCGAUAAUAGCGUGACGCUACAAGAUUGAAACUGGCCUUUUAACUAAAUUGUCGAGAAGGAUCAAUUCAGAGAAGGUAUAACAUGGAACCUUUUAUAAUUUGGCUUUGAAUGCAACCGCUCAAAUCAAAAUAGUCCAUGUGCAACACAAAAACUUUCCUAUGAUAAAAUGACGCCAUGACAAACAGAGAAAAUAGUUAAUGCAUCUCUUAUUGGAGAAAAUAAAAGGGUCAUAUGCUUGGAAGGCAGUAAUCAUGGCGGAUACAUGUUCCUCUGUGGUGCACAAUGUGUGGCCUGCCUGGUUGUCUCUGGAAUUCGAAAAUUCAUUGUCAUGAGAAUUCAUAAUUCCAUCCUCACGGGGAUCAUAGUCCAUUAGCCUAUACUACAUACUUCCCUAAGACCUAAAAAAUUCCGCAAAAUUGUUGAAGGAAUCAAUUAAAUACAUUUAUAUUUUUUAUAUAAUAGCAUAUCCACUCCUAUGAAUUUGUUUGUUGAGUUUAUCCAGAACCUAAAUGUGUGUUAAGUUUUGAGCCUCGCAUGAAGGUUCAAGGUCAUUUUCCAAGAGCAUUCCUCUGGGUCACAUCCUUCUUAAGGGUGUUUUAUCUUUAAAAUUUUGGUCAUUUCUCUUCGUUCACGUGCCCCCAAAGGAGUUUUUUUUACUUAGCUCCAUUGUCCUCGUUAGAAUCUGAAAGCUAAUUCUUCUCUUUUCGACCACACAUGUAAGCAGAUAUCCUCUGGAUAUAUCUGAAUGCACUAUUUCUUCAGUUUUUUUCCUGUUAAUCUGAUUCUGGAGAAUAACCUUAUAUGCAUAUUUUUUUCAGGUUCCCCAAUACAUAUUUGCUUGUUGGAUGCUGCAAUGAUGAAGUCACUAACAGGUACAAAGGGAAAACUGUCAUGAACGAAGCUGAGCGCUACGAGUCACUCCGUCACUGCAGGUAUCGAAUGCUACCCUUUUUUUCAUAGGAAGUCACAUUGCUUUUUGUUUAGUCUCUUCCUUUUUUUCCCUCAGAGCUAUGCAAACAGUAACGUACAACUUCCAUGAAACAGCGAAACUCGGUAUUGAAUAGAAAUGUGACAUCAACGUAGAGUGAGAACUAUUUCCCUAAUCUGCACCAAGAUAUUGCACUUUCCAUGACUUACACCCUCCAGCCAAAACAUGCUAAUUUCUGGGUUAGCAAGGUCGACGACCUUAUUUCCACAAACGUCAUAGUCAAACCAUAAAUCAAUAUCAAUGAACGCUUUUGUCAGUGGGUUCUGCUGAGUGAGAGAUGAUCCACCUCUAAGGCUGCGUCGAGUGAAGCAAAUAUGAGCAGAAAAAAUAUAUCAGAAAGAGUAAACUGUAAAAUAACUUUGGAUAUUUGAAUUCGCGUAAAACAUGGAAAUUUUCAGUUAAUGGGCACCAUGUUUGUGAACAUUUCAAGACCUGGUACCCAUUUACUGUCCUGAAAAAGUUGCCACGCUAAGGUUCGGUUGAACCAGUAAUCAUAAUCUGUAUAAUUCAAUAUUUUGAUUAUAUCCUUCAAUUCUAUAUCCAGAAAGCGACCUUUAGGAGAAAGUAUCCAGUACAAUGGAGAGAAUGCCACCAUUUCUUGGGUUAAAGCCUCUGUAGUCUGCUCUAUCGCUAGUCCUCAGUGUGGAAAAUACAGCAUCCCAACUCAUUCCACAGAAGAUCUGAAUACGUUGCUCUUUCAGAGAUCAGCAUAGUGAAGCCAGAAGGGAAAGAAAACGAAUUUUAGAACUGAGGAAGUGCUAUGACUUCAGAGCAAAGGGAGAGGAAGGGGAUCUUGGAAAUAUAAGCACGCCCCAAGCAGCAGGGAAUCCCGUACUAUCCUCUCUCAAAUAUGUGAACAAUACAAAAUUAUUUUUCGAAACAACGUCUUCGUUCCAUUCCUACAUCGAAUAUCAACUUUCAGAAUUAUUUUUUUCUUUAUUUUUAAUCUUCUUGAUUUUUUCUUUACAUGACUAUUUGCUCUUAUUGCUACAGAAACCAGCUCUUGGAUAACUCGUGAGUCUUUUUGGUUUUUCCGCUUGCAACUUCUUCAUCCUCUGCCAGUGAGAUUUUGUCUCUUGGAUAAUUCUUUCAAUCGGAUCAGUCCUCAAAUCUGACCCCUUAUCUUAGAAGAAAACGUGGGAGAGAAAAAAAAAAAAAAAAAAACGCGCAGAUUUCUUUUGUAUCUAUAAACCAUUUCAUUCAAAACUUUCAUCAGCUUUCUCUGUGUGCCAUUCUGGUAUCCUUGUCUUGCAAUCUUUCCUGUAAAGGAAAGAACAGUCGUUGUCUCUGCGCGCGGGGAGCUAUUUCUUGUGAAAAUAUUUUAUUUUUUUUGCAUUUAUCGGAUUAAAUAUAAGUAGAUUUCUUGUUUGAUAAUCUGUUUGUGUCGCUAUCUUGUUUCACUCGUGUGAAUUGAGAACUUCUUGUAGCUCUUCGGAGCUGAUAACAUUGGUUACACAAAUCGCCAUAGAUGGGUCGACGAAGUGGUUCCAGACGCUCCAUGGGUGAUCACGCAGGAGUUCCUCGAGGAGCACAGAAUAGACUACGUGGCUCACGACUCACUUCCGUAAGAUCAAUCAUCAGAGAUAAUACUCUUUUUCAUAGUUUCUCCGCUAAAUUGCUCAUCUAUAUAAAGCGGACGCAUUGAAGUGAAGGGGGGGGGUGGGGUUUGACUUCGUGUCAGACAAGAACGUUUCUUGUUGACUGACGUGUGAUCUGGUCAAUGCAGGUACGCAGACGCGAGUGGAGCCGGGAAGGACGUAUACGAAUUCGUCGGUCAACUGAAUCUUCUGACCCUUUCUGAUUAGCUUUCUGAGCUCUCGUCGUAGCUGAUCACCGCCCGGCCCUGCCUUCCUGCUUGCAGGUGAAGGCCGCCGGGAAGUUCAAGGAGACGAAGCGGACGGAGGGUAUCUCCACCUCCGACAUUAUCAUGAGGAUUCUCAGGGACUACAACCAGUACGUGAUGCGUAACCUGGCCCGCGGCUACUCCCGAAAGGACCUCGGCGUCAGCUACGUGAAGGCAUGAGAGCUCCUCCCCUUCAGAAAUCGAUCUGCCACCCCAUGAGCGGACGCUGGCUGACUUUCUUCCUUGUCUUCAUUUCAGGAGAAGCAGCUGAGGGUGAAGAUGGGAAUAACCUGGUGGCGCCAGACAGUGAGGGAGCAUCGGGAGAAGGUGGGCAAGAAGGUUCGUAUUAGCUCAGCCCAUCAAAAUAUUUAGAAAAAAAAAUACAGCGUCUGAUCAAUCUAAAGUGAGAUUCCAUCUCUUUGUCGAUGAUCUCCAUUCAGUCCGUAAAUGGUGCUUUUAGCUACCCCCAUAUGAGUCCUGAGGGUUAGAGAGAGAGAGAGAGAGAGAAAAGACUGAGCCGUAGUCAGCCGGCACGUUGACAUCCUUUUCUGCAGUUGCACACUGUGGCCAAGACCGCCGGGAUGCACCACGACGAGUGGGUGGAGAACGCCGACCGUUGGGUCGCCGGCUUCCUCGAGAAGUUCGAGGAAGGCUGCCACAUUAUGGUAACUUGAUUCUUUCUCUCUCCCCCCCGCCUCUCUCUCUCUCUCUCUCUCUCGUAUGGCCCACAGAGAGAUCCUUCUUCAUGUGACAGGAAAUCGCUAUCAGAGAUCGGAUCCAGGAGCACCUGAAGAAGCAGCAGCUGAGACCGCUCUCCGGCUGGAUGUCGGAGACGGUCUCCUUUUGA